AUGGCGGCUGUGAAGGAGGACGCCGGGGGUCGAGGGGGUGGCUUCGAGGGGGAGAUGGAGGUGGAGGCGUACCGGCGCCUCUUCCCGCUCCCCUACUACGAGCGUCACCUCCUCGAGUCUGUGAGGCCCGAUGCCAGGCCUCUCUCUUCCGCCCGGGACACCUCUAUUGCUGUUGGUUUGUCCUUUGCUACUCUCUCUCUGUCUCUCUCUGUAUCUCUGUAUCUCUGUGUCUAUCUAUUUGUGCUUACGUGUUUUUCUGUCUGUAUCUUACCUUUUCUUUUCAAUCUCUCGCAACGUUUGUUCAGGGGCUGUUUCUUCUGCUGAUGGCUCAGCUCUAGUGAAGACUGGAGAGACCGUACGUCCUGUUUCUUCCUUCUCUUCCUGAAGCAAUCUUCUUAUUUUUCGCGUUUUAUGUAAACUUUUGGAUAAGUAAUCGUCGCACUGUGAAGAUUGGCUGAGUGCUUUACUUGUACCUUAAGUCGUUUGACAAAAUGCUUCCGUGGAAUCAUGCCCUCAAACCGUGUAAACAGACCAUGCUCGCGGCCAUCAAGUUGGAGGUGAUGAGCCCUUCUCAAGACUCGCCUGAUGAAGGCUCCCUAGGUCUAUUGUCAACCCUCUUUAUCCCCUGCUACCUGGUUGAAUAUUUCCUUUUUCAUUCCUGAUAUUUUACGGCGUUUCUUAUUUUAUUUUAUAUUCUUUUUCUUAUUUUCAUCUUCCUUUAGCUAUUGAUUUCCACAUGCCUCCAAUCUGUUCGCCAACUGUGAGGCCAGGGAGGCCUGCUGAAUUGGCACCUGUACUAUCUAAGCAGCUGUCUGAUGUUAUCUCAAGGUACAUUUAUUUUCUUUUACCUCUGUACUUAUUCUUCUUUUGCUGCAAUCAUUAAACGAGGCACGUAGAUUGUAAUGUUUUAAAUGUAGUUCUGUGUCACGAAAUUGAAUGAUAUUGACGGAGGAACUACCUAAUGGGUGAAAGACUGUUCUUUAUGAUAGGCACGAUUGAUCUUGACUCAUAAGUGCAUUUUUAGAAGCUAGUUAGCAGCAUUUUUGUCAUAGAUCAAAAUGUUACAAGGUUUUAUUGUGACUUUCUGCAAGGAAAUUGACUGUCACGGUUAUAUAAAAACCGCCUCUCUGUUCUCCUUUGAAUAUAAAAAAUCAGAGAAUCUUCUUGUUUGUCAAUAUUUUGUAAAUAAUUCUCAAAAUCUAAUGAUAUUUGGCUGCUUGUAUACCUUGUGUGAGGCAUUUGACGACAAUAUCAAAAUCAGAUUGAUGGGCUAUGACAUAUGCCUAAGAUGGAACUGUUGGACGAAAAUGCAUAACAGAGAUUUGGUGGCUUGCCCUUUUUGACUAUUUGGACAUAGAGGAACUAUCAUACUUUUGAAAGGAAAAACUCUUCAGCUCCUAGGUUUUUAAUUGGGUUUGUGAGCGGAUUGUAUGAGACAUAUAUCUUAAUGAUGAUGAUCAUGAAUAUGUUAGUAUUGGGAUCUUGGGUUUUCUAUUUGGUUUACACGACCUAUCUUAUGAACAUCUUUUUAUUUGCUAAUGAUUAGGUGGUACUUCUCACCUUAAGAAAGGAAACAUUUCCAUUCUAUACUUAGAAAACUUUUUUAGUUAUCAGUUUCCUCAUUACUUCGCAAUGGAGAAGAGAAAAUUAGAGUCAACAUAGAGUGCUAUCGUAUUAAAAUAGAAAAUAAAGAAAAACGAGUUUUGUGGACUUGUUGGUGCCUCAACCUCUGCAUUUGCCAACUGAGAUCCUUUGAAUCUGAAACUAAGCUUUUAGCUACAUUCGACUGAAAAUUGAGUCCCUUUUUCACUUUUAUACACUUUACUGUUUGAGAACUGGUAAUGACACCUGAUUUAGUACUUCGUGCUCAACAAUUUAAACUACCCUGUAAAUGGUAUUAAAAGGGUAGAUACAUAUGUCUUCUGUUUUGUUUUCCUUUCCCCUUGAGGUUCGUAGAAGGUAUGUCCACCGUUUCUUUUCAAGGAAGGAAAUUUAUCCAUCCACCAAUCUGCUGGGUGAUUGCUUUUUUUACUUUCCUUAUCUCACAUUCAUUAUUUUGGACAUAGAUCUCCAGGCUAUAUUGACGAUACCACAAUUGGUGUAUGGCAUUCAUAAUUUCACGCUUCAAUCCAAAACAAAAUGUUGACCUUUACCCGCAUGUCAAACGUUCAGAUAUGUCACAGUAAUAUUUGCGGCCUCCCAAACUCUAUCCCAUCUGACAAAGUGAAAAAGUCUCCAUCUUCUCUGUCCUUACAAGCAAGUAGACAUGUUCGUAUUAGAUUUUCAUAUAUCUUUUGGUGGCUUCACUGAUCACUGAUGUGGGAGUUCUGCAUAAUAGACGUACUUGUUAACGUUGAACUUGUGCUUUUCCGUCUGCUCUGUGUAGAUCAAAGAUGAUUCACCUAAAAGAACUCUCUUUAGUCAGCGGGAAAGCUGCUUGGAUGGCUUAUCUGGUAAAUUGACACUGUUUAUUCAUUCCUCUGUUAUUAUGUUGUAAUUUUAGAUGCCAAUACUUGAUUUUACUACGUACAUGGCUCUUCAAUGCUGUUCACAGUUUCCCUUUGGGCGAGCUCUUGAAUACUCAACUAUGCACCAUGUGAUACAUUUGUUGGCAUCUCUUUAUGGGAAAUUCUGCUCUGAUGACUCUUCAUCCGCAUUUUAAUGAUAUCCAUUGCUUUCAACAUAGAGAUGGAGGAAGAUCCUUUAUUAUAAGGGGAACAUUUUUUCAUUUUUAGUUGAGUUGACCAUCUCACCAUUGUGAGAGUUACUUCCAAUUUGUUGAAUUUCCUCUAGUUCGUUCAUUUCUUGAAGAACGAUAGAUCUUCUCGUGGAAGAAAAUAAGGGCUUAUAUUUACCACAUAUGAGGAAAAAGAAUUUAAAAUGUGUUUUUACAUUGAGAUAGGGGUCUGUUGUUUAUAACAGAUCCAUGGGAGAAGAUUCUAGACAGUCUUACAUCUCGAGACAUGCAGGUGAUGUUCACGUGCUUCUUAAAGUGAAGCACGGAUACACUUCACCCAACUGCUAAUGCAGUAUUUACAUUAUAUUUCAAAUCUCCCCUUCAAGCUGGUGAGUGGAUAUCAUCCAUUCCUAGCUUUCAGAGCACUUGUUGUAGUUGAGUCGUAGAGACACAUCAAAUCAGUUAGUUGAUGUUGAGUGGGGAUGUAAGGAAUACAGAUUUCUUUAGAUUCCAAGUUUUCCUUGAUAAAGUGACGAUCUAUCUUCACAUGCUUUGUGUGAUCAUGUUGAAUAUGAUUAUGCACAAGAUUAAUUACAGAUUUACUGUCACAGUAGAGCUUCAUAGGACCUGAAAUAGGAAUCUUUAGGUCAAUGAGUAAAAUCUUCACCCAAAGUAGUUCACAUAUCCCAUGUGCAAGUGCCCUGAAUUUUGCUUCUGCAGUUGAGCGAGCAACCACAUUCUGUUUCUUGCUGCGCCAAGUAACCAAAUUUCCUCCCAUAAACAUCAUAAGACUUGAGGUUGGUCGAUGAUCUAAAAGAGAACCAGCAUAAUUAGCAUCAAUAUACAUCUCAACUGUUACUUUAUCACCAUAUUUGAAGAGAAUGCAUUUUCUAGGAGUUCUCUCUAAGUAGUGUAACACUUGAUAGGCAGCAUGAAGAUGGGAUUCAGUUGGCUGAUGCAUGAACUGACUUAAGAGACUGACUGCAUAUGGGAUGUCAGGUCUAGUGUGUGUGAGAUAUAUCAAUCGUCUAAUAAGACGUUGAUACAUUUCUCGAUCAAUAGACUCCUCCCCUUCCCCAACACUAAGUUUGUGGUUAGGAUCAAGGGAGGUGCUAGCUGGUUUGCAUGCAGGCUUUCCAGUAUCUUUUAGAAGAUUUGCCACAUACUUUCGUUGAGAGAUGAAUAUGCCCUUAGAAGAAUGAGCCACCUCAAUGCCUAGAAAAUAUUUAAGACAACCCAAAGUCUUGAUAUCAAAUUCUUUGGCAAGAUAUUUGCUCAAAUUUCCUUGUUCAAUGUCAUCACUUCCAGUAAUUAUAAUGUUGUCAACAUAAACUAGAAGUAUAGUAACUCCCCCUAAUGAAGUAUGCUUGAAAAAUAAUGGGUGAUCAGCAUUACUAGGACGAUAACCAAAUUUUCGCAUGAUAGUAGAAAAUCUCCCAAACCAUACACGUGGAGAUUGUUUUAGUCCAUACAACGACUUUCUUAGUCUAUAAACAAUGUUAGAUGACAAACUUCCUCUAUAACCAGGUGGAUAAUACAUAUAUACUUCAUCAGUAAGAUCCCCAUAAAGAAAGGCAUUCUUCACAUCAUAUUGUUGAAUAUUCUAACUAUAAAUAGCAGCCAAUGAUAAAAUAAUUCUGACUGUGUUCAUUUUUGCCACAUGAGAAAAGGUUUCAUGAUAGUCAAUUCUAUAAACUUGUGUAUAUCCUUUAGCUAUGUACCUUUCAACUGAUUCAUCAGCAUUGCAUUUUAUAGAAUAAACCCAUUUACACUCAACUGCCCAUUUAUCCUUAGGAAGAGGUACAAGCUCUCAUGUAUUAUUUGUCACAAGAGCAUGCAUCUCAUCAUCCAUGGCUUGUUUCCACUCUUUCUUGGAGAGAGCUUCUGAAAUAUUAACUGGAAUGGUAAUAUUAUCCAAGGUAGCAAGGAAGGUUUUAUAAGAUGGAGAAAGUUUAUGAUAGGAAAUAAAGUUUGCUGAAGGAUAUAAUGGGUACUUUGUACAAGCUCGUGGAGGUUUCUUGAGGGCAAUAGAAAGGUCAUUGGAUUGGGGAGUAGUAGUAUUUUCUGCUAGGAUAUGAAUGUGGUUUCUUGGUCAUUGGUUAAGGCCAGUUCGGAGUCUUGGGGUGAUCCAGAAUUUGGAGGCACUUGUGUUCUUGAAUAAACCUGACCAAAUCUGAGUUUUUCAGGAAGCAGAUCAGGAAGAGAUGGACUUUGGUCAUACACAUGAAUUGGUAGAAUAAUUUGACCUGGAGGAGAAGAAACUCCUGGGAAAAAAACAGGUAAAGGUGGAAAUGACAAAGAAGUAUCUUGUGAGUUUUUCUGGAAGUAAAAAACUGAUUCAUGAAAGGUAACGUGUAUAGUUGUAAAGAAUUUUUGAGUUGGUGGAUGAUAACAUCGAUACCUUUUUGAGUUGUUGAAUAUCCAGAAAAUAUACAUUUGAGGGAUCUUAGAUCUAAUUUACCUUUAGCUCGAUUAUGAUCAUGGAUGAAUGAGACACAUCCGAAUAUGCGAGGCUCUAAUGAGAUAUGGAGAUGAUUAAGAGGGAAAUAAGAAGCUAAUUUUUCCAUAGGACUUUGGAAACCCAAGGUUCUAGUGGGAAGAUGAUUUAUUAAAUGUGUUGCUGUUAAGAGAGCUUCACCGCAAAAAAAUUUAGGUGCACCUGCCUGAAACAAGAGUGAUUGUGUAACCUCCCAGAGGUGUCGAUUUUUCCUUUCUGCCAAUCUGUUUUGCUGAGGAGUAUAAACAUAUGAAGACUCAUGUAUAAUACCCUCAACUUGAAUAAAAGAAUUCAGAUCGUUGCUUAAGUAUUCCUUAGCAUUAUCUGACUUGAAUUUCUUUAUAGGAUUAUCCAAUUGGGUUUUGAUCAUUGCACAGAAACAUUUCAACACAAUUAAAACUUCGGAUUUCUGCUUAAGAAGAAAGAUCCACAUGCAACAGGUGCAGUCAUCCACAAAGGUAACAAACCAUUUAUUACCCAAUAGAUCUACAUUGGGACAUGGUGCCCAAACAUCACUAUGGAUGCAAGAGAAAGAGAUCUCACUCCUUUCAUUUCUAAUUGGAAAAGAAACAUGAAUAUGUUUGGACAAUUCACAUACGUCACACUUAAGGGUUUUUACAGACACCUUUUGAAACAAGGAAGGACGAAAAGUUUUCAUAGUAGCAAAAGAAGGAUGGCCUAAUCUUUGAUGAAGGAGCUGAAUGUGAUUCAGAUCCUUGUGAUGUUCUAGAGAUGGUUCCGCUUCCUCAAGACAUGUUUGGCUAGAUCCCUCCAAGAUGUAAAGUUCUCCUCGUUCUCUAUCAACUUCAAUCCUCCACUUCUGGACCUUAUCAAGGAUAACACAAAGGCCUUCAUCAAAAAAGGCACGUUAAGGUGUGUUUUUAACAAGACUUUUUACAGAAAUAACGUUGGUGAAAAGCUUGGGAACAGGGAGAACUUUGGUGAGGAUUCUUAAAGGUUCAAGAGUCAAGUCUCUAAUACCAGCAACCGUAAGAACUGUAAUCAGCAGUAAACACUUUUCAGUCAUUGGAACAUGGGAUGUAGGUAAUAAAAUGAUGUGACGAAUUUGUCAUAUGAUCUGUUGCUCAUGAAUCUAUUACUCAACAUCCAGUAAUAUCUUGGGAUGGAGCUCGAACACCAAGAGACGAGUGGAACUCACCAAUUUGAUGACUCGUUGAUGGCUGUGAAUGUUGUGUUACUAUUGCCUUCAAUUGCUCUGAUUCAAGGUGAAGUUUCUCUACUUCGCUUGAUGGAGUUGAAUCAAUAUCUCUUGGGUUUGUUUGUUUAGACUUUUGAUUGGAUGAAGAAUCAAUCACCAUGUGAGCCUGAUUCACUCGAUUCUCAGAAUUCCGUGGUUUACCAUGGAGUUUAUAGCAUUGCUCCCUGGUAUGAUGGGGUUUUCUGUAAUAAGUGCACUAGAGAUUAUCUCUAUAAUCGUUUUUCUGGUUCUUCCCUUGCACAGAUGAUGAUUGAUGGUUCGGAUAUUCUGUUGAUUUAAUGGUGUGUCCUGGUUUGGCUAAAAAUGCUGUCUUACCCGACUCUUGAGUAGACAACAUCAAUUUUUGACGAAUCUCUUCAUUCUGUACAAUUGAUAUCAUAUCAUUCAGAUCUGGUCUCCUUUCACAUCCUAGAAUUUGCUGUCUGAUAUGAUAAAAAAUAGGACUUAAACCAGCCAAAAAUUUAAAGACCUGCCUUUGUUCUAUCAAAUUUCGUUAUGUAGAAAUUUCUUUGGGUUCUUUAGUCCCAAGAUCAGGAUAAUAAUCAUGCUCCUGGCAUAGAUUUUAAGUUCUCCUGUGUACUCCAGUGAUUUAGAACCUUGAGUAAGUGAUUGAGAUUUUAUCUCCAUUUCAAUGUGUGACUCAUUGUUUUUCAUCGAAUAUUUCAUGUGUACUGUUCCCCACAAAUCUUUCGCAGUUUUCAUAAAGAAAAAAUCUCUAUUGGUAUGGGGAAUCAUUGUUCCCCAAAUUCAUGUCUUUAUCAAAGCAUCCUCCUCUCGCCAUUUUCUAAAUUGCCUUAACAUUGGAUCUGGUGUAGUUUCCUCUAGAUGAUGUAGCAUCCCUCUGCCAGUAAGAACUUCUUUAAUAUAUUCUGACCACUGGAUGAGAUUAUAUCCAGUCAACUUAAAUUCUGUAGGCAUGACAGGAGUUCAAUCAUCAAUCUUGAUGAUACAGGAUUGACUUCCAUAAUGGUGGUAGAGACAUCACCUACUGAGGUCUCUCCUCCUUCAGGCCUGAAUGAGAACAAAUCGAAAUAGGAACAACUGCUUACUAAGUAGAAAACAAACGUAAUUCUUGUACGUCUUGAAAGGAAAAUCAAGAAAUAUCUUGAGAAGGGCUCAAGAAACUAUAUUGAUCUUCUAAGUCCUCAAGAAGAGGCUCACAGAGACAGCAUAGAUCUCUUAUACAGAAAGAGAUAAUAAGAAAGGAGCAAUCGCACAUAGAUUUGCUCUGAUAUCAUGUUGAAUUUCCUCUAGUUCAUUUGUUUCUUGAAGAACGAUAGAUCUUCUCGUGGAAGAAAAUUAGGGCUUCUAUUCACCACAUAUGAGGAAAAAGAAUUCAAGAAGUGUUUUUACAUCGAGACAGGAGUCUGUUACUUAUAACAGAUCCAUGGGAGAAGGUUCUAGACAGAGCUUUACAUCCCGAGACAUGCAGGUGAUGUUCACGUGCUUCUUUAAGUGAAGCACGUGAUACACCUCACCCAACUGCUAAUGCAGUAUUUACAUUAUAUUUCAACACAAUUGUCCUGAGAAAAUGAGCAUAGAAAAUAACCAUAGAAAAAGGUUGAAAAUAAUACUGUGUUCAGACUGUCAUGCAAGGAUACGAAUUGGCAUAAGAAAUACAAUGGUCUGCUUCCAUUUUUCACUUUUACAGGGAUAGGGGGAGCACUCAUUUUCCGUUUCUGGUGUUCUGCCUUGCCUACCUGUCAUGCGUCCCCAGUUAGUUAGCAUAGUUCAUUUUUUUCUUUCAUCAAAUAUCACAUUUUUACUGUUUUCUACUUUGCAGGACAUAUAUUGUCUCAAUGCUGAUGGCUCCCUUUUCGACGUUGCAUUGCUAUCAGCAGUGGCUGCACUGGCACACUGUAUGGUUCACCUAUAAUUAUUUUUACCAUUUGCUUAAAUUUUGUCAUUUUUUUCUUCUGCAUUAUCUAUGGGUAAUGACUGAACCUGUUGAUCUCUCAUUUAUUAGUUUGCUGUGUGAAAUAUAUUCAUGUAGACGUGUCAACUUGGCUUGUCAUUGUUCCAUGUGUGGCUGCUGAGUCUUUGUUUUUUUUUGUUUUGGUUGAAUUCGAACAGUCAUAUUUGAAUGUUCUAGAAUUUUAUGCUUUCAUCUUCAUUUCUCUCCAAUAGUUUUGAGUGCUUACUUUCAUGGAGUUAUGGCUUAGGAUUUGUAUCUUGUUUAAUCAUUAAUGGAUGGUUAAGAUUUGUUUGUUUGUAUGUCACUUUCCUUAUUUUGAAAAUAAUUGUCGUCAUUUUGUUCCAUGUCAUUUACUGUACUUAAGAACAUGAGAUUUUUCAUUGGAAUGUAAACGAAUUAGGGGCAGAUGGCGAUAACCUACAGCUUAGUUCCUCAAAAAUGCAAGCGGGGACUUACCCUGUGCUUAAUGAUAUAAAGGAUACGACAUAGAGAAAAAUCUGAUCCAGAAAGCUGGUAGACCAGAUGAUACAGAAGCACACAACAGUAUACCAGGUUUCAGCAGCACACAGCAGGGACUCGUUUGCCUUUUAAUUUGAACGUGGAUACUACCUUGUUACUAGCCGACAUCAUAGAACCAGGUUACAUCCUCUGGAUGUAUGGUAAUUCUAUGGAUUAUAAUAGAAGCUUCAGAGAAUGCUCUUUGAUUCUCCCUUUGCUUCUAUCCAGGGAUGGCCCACUGUGUUAGUGAAACCCAUGUGUCCUUUUCUUGUGCUUGAGAGUGGAAGAAAGUUGGGACAUAUGCAGAGAUAUUAUCAAUUGCAACUUUCCAUUCCUCAUUAAAGUUGUCUAGGUACUAUCAACAGAGCUGCAUUCAACACGGAUGGCAUUGACUAAUUCCAUUAUGCUUCCACAGAAGAAGCAAGUCGCUCUGAAAGCUGGUUUUAAUUUCUUGAUUCUUUCUGAAGUGGCAUCUUCACAGACUGCCCCCCUCCCCCACCCAAAACCACCUCCCCUUUCACGAGACAGGCUUUUGAAGGCCUGACUGAUAAUUUCUGUUUCUAAAUCAUUCUUUCUGUUUACUUGUUGGCCUGAGUUUGAUUUAAAAUAUUGAGUUAGAUAAAGAUGUCGUCAGUUUUUACAUUCAAAUUUAAAAGAUUUGUGGGCAAUUUCACACACCAACCCCUACUAGUAGACCAAUAUUUUUUAUGUGGACAUAGCUUCGAUUUGGAUGGUAAAGAUUUUCUUUGGACGAUCGCUAAGGGAGUUUUCUUGAGAAAGAGAAGGCUCGGGAGCAGUUUCUUGUAUAAUGUGAAUAUCUGAGGUGUAUUGAUUGACAUUGAAGUCGUUUAUUGAUGAUCUCAUAUUAGGAGCAUAAAGUAGAUGACUGGUGGAGACUUAAUAGCCCUUCCUUCCCCUCCACUCUCCUUUUUUUUUUUUUUUUUUUCUGCUGGGUGGUGUUGGUGGUUGCGUGUGUUUUAGGUUUUUCUUUAUUUUAUUUGGUGGGUUGGGGUGGGUGUUGAAACACCUCAUCUCUUCUGUCUUUGGCUUCUGGAGAGAUUCCAGAGGAUGCAUACUCUACUGAAUGGCCUCAAGGAGACAGUAGAAAUUCCAUAGAUUUAUCUGGAAAUGUUAUUUUUCUCGGUUAUUGCAGAAAUCUCCUAAAGGCAAAAAGGGAAAGAGAAAAUUAAUUGGAACACACUUUAUAUGCGUCUGAUAAUGAAAUGCUUGUAGGUUCGAGCUAAGCAUCAUAAACGUACAUGACUUUUGAUAAUUUAAGCUCCAAGAGGUGGUUCUGAAUAUCAGGCGCCCCAAAGUUUUCUCAAGACGGUCCAAAUAAAUUUAUUUUUUCUCUAGAUCUUCAACAUGUUGUUUUCUUGUUGAUUUAUACUUUUAGUAUAAUUUUCGCAAAGUUCUAAAUUUUUAUAUUUAACUAGGUUUGCAAUGAUACGAGAACAAUGGUCUUCUGGCCAUCCCUUAAGCACUGAGGCAAAGCAUUCUAUAAGUCUCACAUUAACAAUAUAAGCAAAAAAAUAAUUUAACAGAUUAAUAAUGUGUGUUGAUGGUAGUAAUAAUGAAUAUAUGAAAUAUUUGACUUAUUUUAUGAUAUAUUAUGAUUUCAAGCUUACAUUAUUAUUUGUCUAAUUGUUUCACGAAAAGAUAUCUUAUGACAAACUCAGUCUCAAGUUCAUAGUGGUAGAUAGUUCCAUAAUUUCUCAUUAACUUAUUGAAGCAUAUUUACCAUCUGUGCAGUGCAUAUUCCUCUUGUAUCUCUUAACGAUGAGGGACGAAUAAUCGCUGUAUCUGGGGACCCAUCAAGAAAAACAACGAGGGAGGUGGUCAAUAAAGAUAAGAGAAAGCUCAGCCUGAACAGCGUCCCCUUCUCUUUGACAUGCCUACUUCACAAGGACUACAUCCUCGCUGAUCCCACUGCAGAGGAAGAGUCCAUCAUGGAUACACCUGUGACUGUGGUGUUGGACUCCUUGGACUGCCUCGUGUCCCUAUAUAAACCGGGAGGAGCAGCCCUCGCAUUGACAUCAUCUCUCAAGGUCUGUGCCCAUAGAAGGCCAAGAACAGGUUCUUGGCCAUUCAUCUCCAUUAGCUUGACAACUAAACUUUCUGGUUUUCUCUUAAACUUAGGGUUCGGAUUCAUCAAAUUCAAUCAUACAUUAUUUUGAUUGUUGUUCGUGAAGGUUUCUUCAUUGUUUUGCUUGUGAUUCAUCCUUCCAAAGGAUAGCUUCCUUAAUCAUUCACUCAUAUUUUCCCCCACAUUAGGACCUUCCUUCCAUCACCAAUCCCAUGGCCCAACAUCUACCCUGGCAUGCUUUCUUUCUCUCUUCGCUCAUGCUUCUCCAAUUUUGGCAGGAAUGUGUUUCUCUUACAAGGAGGAGGGUACAGGAGCUGCGGAGUAUUUUAGAUGAAGCCCUUCAAUCCACAGAAAUGGAUGAGGACUGA